AUGUAAGGUUUUCAUGAAUCAGAUAAACUUGUAAUAUGUUUUGAUAUUAAAAGUGUUAGGAGCAUCCAAAUACUGCUUUCAGAAGAUUUUAAAGAUAGCCAACUUUAUGUUGUACAAUUCGCACUUCUGCUCAGCUUAACGAGAAUGGAACCGAUCAAAUUACUAGUAAUUAAAACAAAAUAGAUCUUGUAUCUGUGAACAGAAGAUCAAUUCAAUCGGUUGGAAAUGUUCAAAACAGAUAAAAAACAAUAAUUCAAGAGAGAGUAAAAAUAUUUGAAUUGUUUAUUAGACCACUAAGAAUUAGAGUUCCAUUCCAAAUGAACUUGAGUCUAAUAAAAACGGAUUUUGA